GCCGUCGGGGCUUCAGGGGUGGGGAGCCCGGGACCGCGGUGCAGGAGCUGGACCUGGACCCCCGCCCCCCAGUGGGGUUCGCCCAGGGGCGGGGGUCUGGGAGCCCCAGCUUCGCAGCCCUGGCGGGGGGACACGCCGCCCGCGGGGACAUUCCGCCCCGUGAGCGCGCCGCCCGGAAUAGCAGCGGGCGGAGGGGGGGGGGAACCGGGGACCGGACGCCCCAAGGUCGGCGGGGACGCUGGCGGGGGGGCGGGGACCCCGGGCUGGGCGCGCCCCGGGGUGGGAGGGGCCCCGGCGCACCCGCCCCGCCGCCGCUUCCGCUCCCUGGGCGGAGGGCAGCCAGCACGGUGAGUCGCCACCUGCCCGGCCUGGGGGUCGCAGCGCCCCCCUCCUGGGGAAACUGAGUCUUGGCGCCUGGUUCCCGCUGUCUGUCGCCUGGGGGUGCCGCAUCUGGGGGCCGCCCUGGCCCCCCAUGAAGCCCCCACUGGCCCAGGUCCUGGUCACCCCUCCCAGCGCCCCCAGCCCGCCUCUGCUGCCCAUCUGGGGGCUGAGCCCCCAGCACCUCGAGCCCCCUAGAGGCCUCCUCAGACGGCCCUGGACGGAGCCCACUGCCCCCCACACCCCUGCUGUGUGGAUGGGGAAACUGAGGCCUGGGGAGUCACAGGGGCUGGCCCCCAGUAGACCCCGGCCCCGCCGGCCCCCCAUCUUCCUUCUGUGGUUGCUCCUGGUCUGCGCCUUGGGGUGUAGUGCUCAGGGUCCCGGUGAGUGGGCACCUUGGGGCUCCUGGAGCCGCUGCUCCAGUUCCUGUGGGCGAGGACUGUCUGUCCGCAGCCGUCGCUGCAGCCGGCUCCCCGGCGAGCAGCCAUGCUGGGGAGGCACUCAUGAAUACCGCCUCUGCCCAUUGCCGGACUGCCCCCCGGGCGCCACGCCCUUCCGAGACCUCCAGUGUGCCCUGUACAAUGGCCGGCCUGUCCUGGGUAGCCAGCAAGCCUACCAGUGGGUGCCCUUCUACGGCGCGCCCAACCAGUGCGACCUCAACUGCCUGGCGGAGGGGCACGCCUUCUACCACAGCUUCGGCCGCGUGCUGGACGGCACCCCCUGCAGCCCGGGCGCCCCGGGGCUCUGCGUGGCCGGCCGCUGCCUGAGCGUCGGCUGUGACGGCUUGCUGGGCUCAGACGCUCGCCAGGACCGCUGCGGCCGCUGCGGCGGCGCCAACGACUCGUGCCUCUUCGUGCAGCGCGUAUUCCGCGACACUGGUUCCUUCGCGGGAUACUGGAACGUGACCGUGAUCCCUGAGGGUGCCAGACACCUGCGUGUGGCCCACCGGAGCAGAAAUAACCUGGCGCUGAUGGCGCCCGACGGGCACUACCUGCUUAACGGGAACCGGGCGGUCAGCCCCCCGGGGGCCUACGAGGUGGCGGGCACUCGCCUGGUCUACACCCAGGAGGCCAGCCUGGAGGAGACGCUGCAGGCGGAGGGGCCCACGUCCCAGGACCUGAUCCUGCAGGUUCUCCUGCAGGAGCCCAAUCCCGGCAUCGAGUUCGAGUUCUGGCUCCCGCGAGAGCGCUACGGCCCCUUCCAGGCGCAGACGCAGGCCCUGGGCUGGGCCCCCCGACAGCCGCAGCCCCGGGGACUGGAGCCCCAGCCCGCCGCCCGGCGCACCACCCCCUCCGCCAGCCCCCCGCCCUCCAGCGCCGCCGCCCCAGACGCCUGCCCGCCAUGCCCGGACUCCCGGGGCCGUGCCCACCGCAUCCGGCACUACUGUGGCAGCGACUUUGUGCUCCGGGCACGGGUGUUGGGGCUCCUCCAGCCGCCACCCCAGGACACACGCUACGAGGUGGAGGUGCAGCAGGUGUACAAGCAGCGCUCACCCCUGCGCACCCGGGAGUAUCUGUGGGCACCCGGCCGCUGCCCCUGCCCCGCCCUGGGCCCCGGGCACGACUUCCUGCUGGCCGCCCGCCGUGUGCUCAGCCCAGACCGCACCCGGGACCGCCUGCUGCUGCCCCGUAACGGCUACGCCCGGCCCUGGAGCCCCGCAGAGGACAGCCGUGUGCGCCUGGCCGCCCGACGCUGCCAGUCCUGACCCCGAGGCCCCACGGCUCCCGCCCGGCAAGAUGCACCCUCGUCUCCAGGGACCCUGCUCCCACCUCCUUUGUCCCAGCUGCUCCGAGGCUUCUUGGGGUUCAUGGCCCACACCUGUGGCUUCCUUGCCCACUGCCACCGCCACGCCACGUCUCCAGAGGCCACGGCCAGCCUGCACUGGGUUUCCUGUCACCACAUCUUUCCCUUUUCACCUUGCCUGCCAGGAAGCUCCUCCCAACUGAACUUCCUCAGUUCACACCUCUGAAAUUUCACUGCUCAGAGGCUCCGGGGCCUGAGUUUCCCCCAUCAAGCACCCUCUCUGCUCCCUCCCUUGCCAGGCUCUAUGUCCCUCCUCUCUCGGACACCCCAACUCCUGCCAUAUUUAUUAAGCAACUGCUGUGUACUGAGUGAGGCUUCGGGCCCAGCUGCCCCUCCACUCCCAGACAGGAAACGGGGGGACUUGUGGAAGGCAGCGUGGGCCUUGAUGGAUGGACAGGGGACUCCAGGAGGGUCAGUGCUGCCCACCACCAAAGCCCCCCUGAAAUCAACAGUCCUCCCACUGUGACCUGAGGGCUCCCCCUCACCUGGCCCUGCCCUGGGGCAUGAGUCCCCAUCCCUGGGUCCCCAGUAAAGAUGCCACUUGGCUACAGAGA